UUUAGAUGCCUAAUCCAUGUGUUCGAUAUGCUCGGUGAACAACAAUUAGUUGAUCAUUCUCCUAACGUGUUUUAUAAAAAUAACGCUUAGAUUGCAUUACGGAAUUGAUGAAUAUGCUGUGCAGGUAGAACUUGCUAGUCUUGAUUGGCUUUAUGGGUGCUCCUAAGCAGAAAUGGACAUCUGAAGAAGAAGCAGCUCUAAAAGCUGGAGUUCUUAAGCAUGGAGCAGGAAAAUGGUGCACAAUUCUUAAAGAUCCAAAGUUUAGCAGUGUGUUAUACCUGCGCUCUAAUGUGGAUAUUAAGGACAAAUGGAGGAACAUGAGUGUAAUGGAAAAUGGAUGGGGAUCUAAGGAGAAGGCUAGGUUAGCCCUGAAAAGAGUGCAACAUGUCCCUAAGGAUGACAACCUUCUCUCACUCACAACUGCUGAUCCCAGUGAUGAAGACUCGGGUGAUGUGAGGCCUCUUCAGUCUUCUAGUGGUUCUCCACAAGUUGGUGCUUCAAAAAGAUCUAUGAUAAGGCUGGACAAUCUUAUGAUGGAGGCAAUAAACAACUUGAAGGAGCAUGGUGGCUCUAAUAAGACUACCAUUGGCACAUACAUAGAGUUUUUUCCGGAUUAA